GAUUUCCGGGAACCCGUCAGGAAGGGACAUAAACAAAACAAACCCCGGAGCCGCAUGGAGGGUCCGGCCCGGAGCCUGCGGGGCCGCGCCCCCUGCUGAGCCCCGACCGCCCGAAGUCAACAAAUAGAAGAACUCCAUCAGGGUGAGCUGAAGUUAUCCUAAGGAAAAGUUUAAUUGCAUGGAUUGUGUAAACUCACUGAGACUGAAGUAAAGCUGGAAAGGAAUCUACAAGUGAAAAAAACAAGUUUGGAAUUGGAUUUGGGGAAUCUGGGCUUGGAAAUGCCUCAGCCCAGUGUGAGUGGAAUGGACCCUCCUUUUGGGGAUGCCUUUCGGAGCCACGUGUUUUCAGAGCAGACUCUGAUGAGCACGGAUCUCUUGGCAAGCAGUUCAGAUCCAGACUUCAUGUAUGAACUGGACAGAGAAAUGGACUAUCAGCAAAGCUCCAGAGACAACUUACUUUCAAUGGAGGACUGCAAAGAACUUGAGAACUUAGAGUCUUUUACAGACAUCCUGGACAAAGAAGCUGCUCUCACCUCAAAGUGGGAGCAGUGGGACACCUACUGUGAAGACUUAACUAAGUACACUAAAUUAACCAGCUGUGACAUCUGGGGAACAAAAGAGGUGGACUACCUGGGCCUUGAUGAUUUUUCAAGCCCAUACCAAGAUGAAGAGGUGAUAAGCAAAACACCCACGCUGGCUCAGCUUAACAGUGAGGACUCCCAACCUGUUUCUGAUUCACUUUAUUAUCCUGAUUUGCUCUUUAGUGUAAAACAAAAUCCCUUAAAUUCUUUAUUACCUGGCAAAAAAAUUGCAACCAGAGCAGCAGCCCCAGUCUGUUCCUCCAAGAAUGUUCAGGCAGAGGCACCUUUGUUGGACUGUGUUCAGAAGGCAAGCAAACCUGCAACUCAGCCUGCUUCCAGUACACAAAUCAUGGUGAAGACCAACGUAUACAAUAAUGAAAAGGUGAACAUUCAUGUUGAAUGUAAAGACUAUGUUAAAAAAGCAAAAGUAAAGAUCAAUGCUUUACCGCAGAGCAGACCAGUGCUGAGCCAGACCCACACUGAUGCAGCAAAGGAAAACACCUGUUACUGUGGAGCUGUAGCAAAGAGACAAGAAAGAAAAGGAACAGAGUCCCCACAUAAUCACAGUACACCUCCUGUUUUGCCUUUCAAAGAGACUCAAGAACUGCUCCUUGGUCCACCCCAGGAAACUCCAGGGCUUGUUGUGGGGGAGAGCAGUCUUUCUGCCAGCACAUCGGUGUCAGAUUCUUCACAGAAGAAAGAAGAGCACAACUAUUCUCUUUUUGUAACAGACAGUUUGGGUGAACAGUCGGCCAAAGGAGACCCUGAGGAUGAUGAGGAUGAUGAGGAUGAUAUUGAAGAUGAGGACCAUGAUGAAGGAUUUGGCAGUGAGCAUGAGCUGUCUGAAAACGAUGAUGAGGAAGAAGAUUAUGAAGAUGAUAAAGAUGAUGACAUCAGUGAUACUUUCUCAGAACCAGCAGUAACACUUAGUGGGUCUUCAAAGGAUACUGAAUUCCUCUCUUCUGCAUGUAGAAAUGGAGCCUUAACAACAGAAAUAAGAACUAACCUUCAUCUAGAAGGGUAUGAAAAUGAUUCUGUGGAGGAUUUAAAAGAAAUUACUGCAAUAUCCUCUCGGAAAAGAGGGAAGCGGAGAUACUUCUGGGAGUACAGUGAGCAACUAACACCAUCACAGCAGGAAAGAAUGCUGAGACCAUCCGAGUGGAAUCGAGAUACCUUACCAAGUAACAUGUAUCAGAAGAAUGGUCUCCAUCAUGGAAAAUAUGCAGCAAAGAAGUCACGGAGGACUGAUGUAGAGGACCUGACUCCCAACCCCAGAAAACUUUUACAGAUUGGUAACGAGCUGAGGAAGCUGAAUAAGGUGAUCAGUGACCUGACGCCUGUCAGUGAACUUCCCUUAACUGCCAGACCGAGGUCAAGAAAAGAAAAAAACAAGCUGGCUUCCAGGGCUUGUAGACUAAAAAAGAAAGCCCAGUAUGAAGCCAAUAAAGUAAAACUCUGGGGUCUCAACACGGAAUAUGAUAAUUUACUGUAUGUGAUCAACUCCAUUAAACAAGAAAUAGUUAAUCGGGUGCAGGUACCUAAAGAAGACAGAGGAGUCAACAUGGAACAGAAGUUGAACGUGCUUAUUAAAGACACUCUUGGACUACCUGUAGCUGGACAGACAUCAGAAUUUGUGAAUCAAGUUUUAGAGAAAACUGCAGAAGGAGACCCCACCGGUGGCCUUGUAGGGCUACGAAUACCAAUGUCAAAAGUUUAAGACCAGGCAUCAGCUGUUCUCCUCCAUAAUAUUCUACCUGUGUUGUCAAGUAUUUUCAUUGUAAAUUGCAUUCUGGUCUGCAUGUCAGUUUAGCAUUAUGUAAACACUUAAAAUUAGGUUCCAUUGUUUUUAAAUAACAACCUAGUGAAACAAAUCAAAGCGUAACACGAAAGGCUUAAUAGCAUUUUUGGAGCAUAAAGAAGGUAGUUUCAUACCUGCUUUAAACGUAAAUACAGAGAUGAGAAAUCUUUUUAAAAUAAUCUAGGACCAGAAUAUAUCACUUUCGCUUUAGAAGCAAAAACCUGGUUUUGCUAGUAAAAAUUUUUAGUGUAUGUCAGACAUUGUGACAGGUUUAUGCUCCAAGUAAAAUAAGAGGAAGCAAUUUCUUUUGGUAAAGUUGUCAAUUUGGGGAGGUUUUUUUGUUUUGGUUUGGUUUUUUGGGCUUUGGGGUUUUUUUGUUUGUUUGUUUUGUUCUGGUUUUGGUGUUUGGUUUUUGUUUUUUUUUAAUAAUGGGAUUUUCUUUUGUUGUUGUUAAAAACCAGUAACCUUUCUUUGCAACCAUUAACUUGUACAUAGCACACAUGGCACUAGAGCUAGUGUGCCUGUAAGACUUUAAUUUUCUGAGCUUAAUAUAGUAUUUAAAUGUCUGUGCAAGCAAGAGAAAAAAGUAUAUUCUUUGUGCCUUGUAUUUUGGGGGGAGAGCUAUCAGUAUAAGCUGGUAAAGUUUUGAAUGAAGAAAACCCUGAGGGGAAAAACCAAGAUGUAUAGAUGAUAAGAUUAGGUUUUAAUGUAUUUGUUCCAGCUCUUAAAUUUUUUGAAUGUAUAUAGGAAUAUGUUGAAAAUGUAGAUAUAUGCCACAGAGUCUAUGUAUUGUAUAAAAGAUGGCUCUAGAAAACUCAAUUUCGGUACUUUGGCCGGAAGAAAACAAAUACUUGCACAUUAAUGCGAUUGUUUAUUUUUGUACCAAAGACAAAUGCAACUGAUAUGGCGAACUGCCAGUCUAAGUAAAGUUUUGCACAGCUUAUAUGAUACUGUACUGAAUGUAAAAACAAAUGAAAAAAAAAAAAAAAAAGAAAAAAAAUUAAAGGUCAGGGUUAGGGAUCUUACUGAACUGUGAAUUUUUCUGUUUGGGUCCAAUUAUCUACAGAAGGAGCAUUCAUACAUAACAAUAUUAUUUUGCUGUUCUUGUAGUUCACUUCCAUGGUAGAUAAGUUGGUGGCCGUCUCGGAGUCUUUAAAUCUUUUUUCUCUGCACUUACUGUAGGAGAUUUUAAUAUAUUUGGAUUUUAGUAAGCUAUUGGUAAAAUAGUUUUCAACUUUGAGAAUUUAAAAAAAAAAAAUAUUUAGCUUGUUGUAGUAUACUUCCACCAAACAACCAAAAUAAAAUUAUUUUUAUUGUAAUGUGUAUAUAUGUAAAGAGAAGAAAGAGCUACAAAUAUCUAAUUCCUUAGUUGCCACUUUUCCAGUUGAUGUAUUAUUAUGCAUGUGAUGUUUCCAAGGAUCAACACAGGCUUCAAACAAAACAAAACAAAAUUUAUAGACUUUUAUAUUUUUGUACAGGUAUUUCGAAACUAGCUUCUUCAAACUUAUAUGUGACUUAUUCUUGUUAAUUCAGUAGUUUCUAUGAUUGAGGAAUAUUAACACACAGUUCUUAUUUGCUCUUCUGCUAAUAAGAGUUGGCUUUGUAGUCAGUGUUAACGUACAGAUUAAAAGCUUUAGCCUUUGAUGAGAAAGUCCUUUAUCUCAAGGCAAGAUCAUUCUCUGGUUUCAUGGACCCCCCACCCCAUUUUUCUCCCUGUUCUUUCUCUCCCUAUUUAAAGAUGACAAAACACUGUUUACUGAAAAUAGAAAUACCAAAUAUUUUCAAAUGUAGCUGCUGAAAAAAAAAAAAAUGCAAAAGUCCAUGAAGGCUUUCUCCCCACUCCCUUUGGGGAAUUUCUCCAUUUCUAGUUUGUCUAAGUUUGUUUGUACUGUGAUUCCUUUUUGUUUAUAAGUAGAUUAUUUUUAUAAUAUAAAUUUGGAUAUAAAAAUAAAGUCUGAAUCAGUAAAAGUGCAGUAAGAGUGGCUGAUGAAAGUGGCAGUCCCGCCACAUGCUUGUGAGUGUGUACACAGCCUCCUGUGUAUCUAAAUAUUUUGGAAGACUCAAAAGGGAGGAGGAGGCCAAAAUACCACUACUGAGCUGUACAGAAAGGCUUUCCUACAAGAGACUGAACAAACAUCCAGGGCAAUUUAGGCAAAACUGUGUAAAUCUACUUAAGACUUGCAAAAUCAGAGUGGAAUGUGGGUAUUUUUGUUUCAGGUGUUCUUGUUGUUAGGGUGAGGUGAGAGUUGGCUGCUGCUUCACACGCUGGGUCUGAUAUAUUCCCAUAGUAAUUAUUUUGCCAACGUUGCAGUUAUUUGGAGAUGUUUGUGACCCAUAAAACCCCGACAAAGAAUGUCUCUUGUGAAGUUCAGGCCAUGUCUGUACCAAGAUUUGAAUACUGUUGUUCCUUUCUGAGGAAUGGUGUGGAUGCACUGCUCAGAUAGGAGAGGUCCUUAUCCAAACUGUGUAGGCAAGGCAGCAUGUCUAAACAUUAAGAGAGCAGUUUUGCAAUGAGGUAAAAACUUCUGUGACAAAUUAAACUGACAAGGUAUUGAAAAGCCCCCUUUUUUCUGCUCAGAAAUACCAGGCAAAUGUAACUUUAUAGCUUUUUAUUUUUGUCUGAAAACCAGAAUAUGAUUUUGGUCUAGCAUUUCAAAGUAGACUCUGAAUCUUUGAAUUCCAUACCCUUGCAUUUCAGUGUUUUCUAUGUAUUAUUUUAAGUUAAAGCUUUUAAAUAGUUGAGCUUUUUAAUGUUGACACUUUAUUUUGUACCUAUUUAUAUGUAUGUAUAUCUUAGAAAAGCACUUUGUUUAAAAAAAAAAGGAAAAAAAAAAAAAGAAACUGUGUUUUAUAUGAUUCCUGCCACUUGCUGCUAACUCUGGGCUGGUCAGAAUGCUGCAGCGAUACUUGAUAUAAAUAAAACCUGGCAGUAAAAUGUAGAGUAAAGAUGAGACCUUUUGCUGGUUUAACUUUAUCAUAAAGGUGACAUAGGCAAGCUGUGCAGCUUUACAUUUUAACCAGGGGACUCUGUGGCAUUUAAACCGUCUAGAAAUGGUUGUACUUUAAUGCCAGUAACAAUCUGCUUCCUCUAGUGUCGUUAAAAUAUAUACAUUUAGUGUAUACUUAUCACAAACAAAAAUCUUAUAAGGGUAUAAAACCAACAAAUGUACAUGUUCUGUUUUUUGGCAAUUGUGGCAUGCAUUUUUGGAUGAUCUUUAGAGAAGACCAUUUUCUAAAGAUUUUCAGUGUUCAUACAUGGUAUGUGGAUCUUAAUGAAGUCCUGGAUUUCUUUGUUUGUUUUUGAGUGUAGGCAUUGUGAAUAUUCACUCCUAAUCCUAUAUCCAAAAACAAUUAUACAUUUUUUAUUUAAUACAAACAAAAGCUCUUCCUUUUUUCUGAUACACUGGACUCUCUGCAGUUUGUUUCCAUAUUAAAAGCAUGCUGUCAUAACUGCUCUUGUUGAGAUCUCAUCAGUCUGAACUUAGGUGCCACACUUUGAAUUGAUGGACUGCUUGUUCUACUGUACCAUGUAUGAUUCUUGUCCUUUCCUACUUCCUUCAUGACAGAUGAUGAUGUGGCUUUAUAUUGUGCCUUACUUGUACAUCUAGAACUAAAUGUUUUUCAUUCCCUCUGAACUCUUCGAACCUACCUACCCCUUCUGAAAUUGAGUCAGAACUGAUAAAAGCAUCCUGGAGAAAGUCUGAAUAGAUCUGGUUUCCGUUUCUCUUAGUUGUAGCCCUUUUGUAUUUAUAUGGAAGACUAGUUUUUGAAUGGCCUUGCAAAACGUGGGGGUGCUCAUGAAGGGUGUUUUUAGCCCUAAACCCCUUUUGCUAACUCUUCCCUUUUAUGGUUUAUUGAACGCAUUUACUGAUACUUGGAGAGUACUUUUUUUGGAUGAGAGAGACUUAUUACUAAAGCUAUGUUUACGUGUGGAUGAGCUGGACUUUUUUAUCAUACCAGUUGAAAUCAUUGUGAUUUAAUGAAGUUGCAUUGCUGUAAUGCUGAUGUGAGAGUCAGGCUCACCUGUGUUCAGUUUCUAAUUAUUUGUAGAUGGACUUCUUUCCAUACUAAGAGGGCCAGGAAAAAGUUUGUUAGUUUUUU